ACCACAGCAUACACCUACCACUAGCUGCACUGCCGUCGGUUGUAGGUGGCACCGAUUGAAUUAGGUCGCAGCCACCCGCCUGGCCUCCUUCCCUGCCUCUCCUUCUACCUAACUCUCUCCAUCCAUCCAUCCAGCCAGCCAGCCAUCAGAGAUUGCAAUUGCCAUUGCACCCAGAUCACACUCUUUUAGUUGCUGCCUAGCUAGCCUGCUCUUUCUUCCUGCCUAUCUCCACUCAGGUCGUCUCUCCCUGAGGCACAACCACAGGCCAGCUCCAACGGUACCCUUUCUGCCUCCAUUCAUCAGUUGUUUCUCCCAUCCCCUAGCUUGUCGUACGUCGUCACCACAAAGGCAAAAUGGGCUCGGAGCCGGAGACCGUGGAAGGCAUCCCGUUCCCGGCGGAGAUCACCGCCGGCAGCGGCAACCCUCUCUCUCUCCUAGCUAACGGCAUUACGGACAUCGAGAUCCACUUCCUGCAGAUCAAGUUCAACGCCAUCGGCAUCUACCUUCACAACAACGACGUCCUGCUCGGCCACCUGCAGAGCUGGAAGGGCAAGACGGCCGACGACCUGCUCGGAGACGACGCCUUCUUCCAGGCCCUCGUCUCGGCUCCCGUGGAGAAGCUGUUCCGCGUCGUCGUCAUCAAGGAGAUCAAGGGCUCGCAGUACGGCGUGCAGCUCGAGAGCUCCGUGCGCGACCGCCUCGUCGCCGCCGACAGGUACGAAGACGAGGAGGAGGAGGCACUGGAGAAGGUCGCCGACUUCUUCCAGGCCAAGUACUUCAAGCCCGCCUCCGUCAUCACCUUCCACUUCCCGGCCACUCCACCAGCUGGGGCUGCUGCGGAGAUAUCGUUCGCGACGGAGGGAAAGGAUGAAGCCAAGAUGAGGGUGGAGAACGAGAAUGUGGCGGGGAUGAUCCAGAAGUGGUACCUCGGCGGCGAGUCGGCGGUGUCUCCGACCACCGUCCGGAGCCUGGCAGAUCGUUUCGCGGCGCUGCUCUCCGCCGCGUGAUCGAUUAUUAGUAUAUUAUUAUUGCUGCGACUGCUAAUUAAUAAUUCCCUUCCACCGGAAUUGAACUCGUUAAUAAAUUCUGUCCUAUGGUUCGUCUCGUGUAUAAUGCAUGUAUUGCAGCAAACUUAAUUGCUGAUGAUAAUUAAGCCUGGCUUUUGAAA